GAUGCCUACAAACGGGUGGACGACGGUCAUUUAAGAGGAAAAAUUAUGUUAGACAUGGAGGAUUAUGUUAACUCAAACUGAGCCAAACUCUGAAUUACAAAGUCAAUACAUACGACAAAUCAAGAGUUGAGAAAAAGUGACAAGGAUGCAAGAAAUGUGGGAGUUGUCGUCAAAUGUAGACCCAUCCAAUCGGAGGUACACGGUUCAUUCCCAACAAACCGUGAAUCCUGGAACGGAAGACCUUCACGCGUGGUCCAUAUAUCGGCAAAAUCUAAAUUCAGACUUUACAGACUCUGCUUUAGGGUCGGAAGAGCGGUCGCCCCUGCCCUAUGGAAAUUUCCAACUCAGAGAACAAACAGUGCAAUCAAUCCUUCGACAUCCCCGACUUGCUCCAAGAUCUGAGCUGGCCAACAACAUGUACGCCUACUUGAAAUUUGGUCUACCUCGAGUUCUCCCACCGGGACCUGGAAAGGGUUUCAAGGACACGGCCAGCGAAAUCCAUGCAUUGGACAGCGUCAGUGCUCGCCAUCAUCAAGGCGGAGGAGUGAUGAGGGCGCGGUCGGAAACGGACCUGGUGAACGGAAAUGGUGGUCCUGGUCAUAGCGGUCAUCACCACAACAAUGGGGGUCCACAUCCGAUGGGACUCAUUUCCAACAGGUUCAGAAAGCCUAACAAAUCAAAUAGUGAGAGCAAUCUGCUCAACGGAGGUGAUCAUCCGCCUCGACCAAUAUCAAAAACUGGAUCGCAGGCGUCCUUGGUUUCUCGAAAUUCGCGUCCCCAUCAGAGUCACACGAUGACGGGGAGUGCAAAUCGUGGAUAUGUCGGAGAUGAAGGAGACGAAACCUCACUUUUCGAUUUUCCCCAUCUUCAAGUUAGGAAUAUGGGGUUUGACAGUGGUCGUGGAAAGGCACGAAUAUUGGAUGGGAUAUCAUUUGACCUUCACGGAGGAGAAUCACUUGCCGUCCUGGCCACAAAUGCACUGGAAGGCACGACCAUGCUGGACAUACUUGCAGGGAGGACGACGGGUGGGAGGGGUAAAGUGUAUGGUGAGUUCACUCUUAAUGGAAACCCGGUCUCAGUCGAUCGGCUGGGAUCUAGAGUGGGUUACGUGAGGAAAGAUUACCGACUUCACAAGUCCAUCAGCGUCGAACAAACCCUAUAUUUUCACUAUAACUUGAGAAGCAAGGACCUCACCACGAGUUAUCUGAGUACCAAGAUCGGCGUCCUCUUGGAAGAACUAGGGCUUGGCUCAGUAAGGAAGAGCCUGGUGUCCACUCUCACCUCUUCAGAAAGGCAACGCUUGGUGGUCGCUUGCCAGUUGAUAACGGGGGCUGAAAUUUUGUGUUUGGACGACGCUACGGGAGGAAUGGACAUUUUUGACACCUUCUUCCUGGUGGAAUAUUUACGACAAUGGAGCAAUGCGGACACUGGACGAAUUGUGAUCAUGACCAUUCAUCCGCCCACCUACGAAAUAUUUUCAAUGUUCACCAAAGUCGCUUUAAUGUCUACAGGUCGACUCUUGUUUUACGGGCAUCGGAGAGAAAUGCUCCCAUACUUUGCGUUUAUUGAGUACCCCUGCCCAGCAUUUAAAAACCCGAGUGACUACUACCUAGAUCUUGUCACUUUGGACAACCUUUCUUCCGAGGCAUUGCUUGAGUCCAGCCAAAGAAUUGAAACUCUGGCCGAUUCAUACAGGAGGAAGCAGGAAAUGAUUAUGGACCCAGUAGGACCUCCACAACCUCUUCCUCCAAGAAUUAAGAGUGCCGGCUUCUUACGGCAGUUUUAUGCCUUAUUGAUGUCAUGGAUCGGCUACAAGUUCCCCUGGAAUAUCGUCGACUGGAUGCUAAUUUUGUUGCUAGCCACGAGUCUCAGCAUUACAAUUGGGGCUUUGUACUGGAACAUUCGGUUGACUCAACAUCAGGACCAGAACAACAUCAGCGACAGGUAUGGCCUCCACUGGGUUCUCAUGGUUCUCCUCGCUGCCCCUGUGAUCAUCACCCUCUCGGCGAACGAUACCAAGGAUUUGGACUGUGUCACGCGAGACUUUGAAGAGAAACUUUACAGCAAAGCCGUCUAUUUUAUUGCAAAGAACUUGGUAGAGUUACCUUACAUGAUGUCGAUAUAUCUGGCGUACGCCGUCCCAGCUUAUGUUAUGGCUGGCCUGAGUUCAGUGGAUGCCAAUUCUAACGAGCACUUUUACGCCUUUGUGGGGUACAUGUUACUGUAUCUGCAUGUCCUCCGCCUAAUCUUCCAAGGCCUGACUUACCUAUUUCGCAACGGGAACGUAGCCAUCACAAUCUUCGUCCUCCUGCUCUUCGUCACCUCCAUGGCCUCAUCCUACACCAUCCAUCCCUCCGACCUUGGCGAUUGGGUGAGCUGGGUCAAAUAUUUGUCCCCCGAAAGUUGGAUUCUGCAACGUGUCGUGCACGAUGAAUUUGUGGGAGUAGAACAAUUCAACUCUCCUUGUCCCCGAUACCCGGUUACUCACGAUAGCCAGAUUGUGACCCAGUUGGAUUGUCGCAUCAACACUGGAGCAAAAGCGUUGGACUACUUUGGGUUUUUGAACCAAGGUCCAAUACUCAUCCACUUGUUAUCCGUGCUGGGUAUUGGUUUCGUCUUUUACCUCGUAGGGUUCUUCUCCUUCAUUCUACAAAGACAAGGCCUCGCCGUUCCUCCCAUCGAGACCCCAUGAAUUUACUCUUUAUCCAAGGAAUUUGCGAAAAAUUGAAAAUUUGUACACUUUAAUAUGUAUAUUCGUUAGCAUUACAUUAUGUAUUUAUUUAUUUAUUGAUGCUGACUAAAUAAGAAUAAGAAGUAUUCUUAGCUAAGUUUCA